AUGCAAACCAUAUUGAAUUUGCUGCAUUGUUUCCACCUGAAAAAACAAGCUGGCUGCCCUCCUCAUUUUUUUACUCCUCUGUGCCAUGGCUUAUCUCACCUGCAAUCCCUUCCCAAUACUUUUUCUUUUCUGUAUGCAGAAACUUCUUUUUAUUUCACUUUAUUCAAUCUCCCUCCCUCAACUGCAAUGGCACAUCAUAUUCAAAUUACUUUCUAUCUUUUACACUCCCUACGCCUUCCUUUUUGGAGACGUAAAAACCGCUCACUAACGCAAAGGGCUGCACACACCUUUCUUCUUUCACCCAGUUCCACAUUUCCGACUGGCGGAUCAUCAUGCCUCUUAACGCUCGGAUCAUCAAUCCCAAGUAGCAGGUCGUACCGAGGGGCCUUUUUGACUUCACCUUCUUCUUCUUUAGCACUGAAACUCCCUCCGUCUGCUGGGGAACUGGACGUCCUAAAUGCUGUGUUAAAAUGGGGUGAACACCAGUUGGUUAAGCGGAUAGAGGAAAGAGAACCUAAUCUUUUAAAUCACACAGCCCAUAGUGUGAGCAAGAAAGGUAUACGCAAACGAGACUUGAACGAUGUUGAACUCAGAGAAAUCUUAGCAGAACUUUUACCCCACAUCCGCAUGGAUCAUGUAAUACCUUCUAACAGUGAGGUGCUGAAUAGUGCAAUAAAAAGAGGUCUGGUCAGUACGCCCCCCUCUCAUAUGAUUGCUGAUGAAGGAGCUUCCAGCAAAAAGCCAGUUUUAGUCGAUAUUUUUUUUUGUUUCUUUUCUCAUCUCUCUCUCUCUCCUCUGUCUCUCUCUCUCUCUCUCCUCUGUCUCUCUCUCUCUCUCUCCUCUGUCUCUCUCUCUCUCUCUCCUCUGUCUCUCUCUCUCUCUCCUCUGUCUCUCUCUCUCUCUCCUCUGUCUCUCUCUCUCUCUCUCUCUCUCUCUCUGUCUCUCUCUCUCUCUCUCUCUCUGUCUCUCUCUCUCUCUCCUGUCUGUCUCUCUCUCUCUCCUCUGUCUGUCUCUCUCUCUCUCCUCUGUCUGUCUCUCUUUUCUCCUCCCCCUCUCUCCCUGUCUGUCUCUCUCUCUCUCUCUCUCCCCCCCUCUCUCUCCCCUCUUUCCUCUUUCUCUCUUCAAAGUGCUGGUAACUUUUGCAUACAAUUAAUAUCUAAAAGUAUGUUGGAAGAACACCUGGGUCAGGUUCAGGAGAAUGACAUGGUGAAUGUACGUAUGAUUCACAUGUCCUCUAUACCUGACACACUUUAUAUGGUUGAAGAUCGACAGUAUGCUGUACCUUCUGUUGCCUACUUGGCACCUACCUCCACUGUUGAUGUAAUUGCUGGAACCAUACCUGUCCCUGACCGAAAUACUCUAAUAAUGAUGUUGCACCGAGAACAAGAACUCCAAAGAACAAAGCUAAUCCAAAAGGCUUACUCCCUCCCAUAUGCUGACAAACGGGCAGUGACAUAUCAGAUUAAGUUACGGGUAGUGCGAGAAUUUGGCCUGCCAGAUUCGGCCGUGGAAAUCUUGCAGAACAGUCAGUAUUACUACCCAGAAGAAUCACAAUAUGUGGAACGACAAUAUCAGGUGAACUCUUCCUCAUCAUCUUCAUCUCCGAGCCGGCACAAGCACAGUCCAAGCACUCCUGUGCCAUCCCCAACACGAUCUUACAGUCCUGUGGUGGUCAGCUGUCCUCAGGUAACAACACUUGACUGUGUUGCCCAUUGUACAACCCACCCUGACCUCAAGCAUAGUCCUUCUACACCUGUACCCUCUCCAACCAGGUGUUACAGCCCCGUACAGAAUGAUCCCAACUCAUGUGGUGAGAGUGCUCUGAGCGACAUGAUGCCUGACAUUGCCAUGGCAACAGCCUCCCUGAAUCAGAUGCAUAUGCACGAAUCAGGAGAAUUAGACUUGGACAUUGUGUCAGAUGGAAACCACCAUGGAACGUUCUCUAUUCUCCUCCCUGUUUUUUUCUCUCUCUCUCUCCCCACUCUGCUCCCUUUUGCUUUCCCUCCCCUCCCUUUGUCUCUCUCUUUUUGCUCCCCCUCCCUUUGUCUCUCUCUUUUUGCUCCCCCCUCCCUUUGUCUCUCUCUUUUUGCUCCCCCUCCCUUUGUCUCUCUCUUUUUGCUCCCCCUCCCUUUGUCUCUCUCUCUUUUGCUCCCCCUCCUUUUGUCUCUCUCUUUUUGCUCCCCCUCCUUUGUCUCUCUCUUUUUCUUUUGCUCUCCCUCCCUCUCUGCUUCCCCCUCUCUCUUUUCCCUCUCACCCCUCCCUUAUAUCUCUAUCUUUUUGCCCCUCCCUUUCUCCCCCCCAUUUAUCUAUCCUGUUGUUUACUUUUUUCACAAUUUUCCUAUUUUUAUUUUCAUAUCUUUUCAGCUGUCACACAUUUCAUUUUUAUCACCUUCAGACAUCCAUACCUCUGGAACACCAAGACUCAUGACAUAUUACCUUUUCUAUUUCUAA